AAAAACUGUGUGUUGCAAUCAGUUCUAAUUAGGCUUUCUUUUCUCAAAGUAGAAGGCACUUACAUUAUGCACCAAUAUGAACAAAUAAUCUACUCUAACCAUCUGCAAGGAGGAAUCCUGUUCAGCCGGUUUGCUUUAGUUACUUUGUUUUUAUUUUAUUUAUCCUUUUUUUGUUUUAUUGCAUGUGAAAGCAUAGAUAUCAUUAUUUUUAUUUAAGUAUAUUUGUGACUGUGCUGGCAGCAUUGUUUCACAGCAUCUUAGAACUACAUACAGUUGGUGUGAGUUCAUCUGUCACUCAUGUGUGUACGCGAUGCCUGAUUACAAAAAAAAAAAAGGUGACGAAACAAGAAGGGUGGAGUUUGAAUGCCGUGCUUAGUUUGUCCCACCCAGCAAUUGCUGCACAAGGACAAGAUGAGAACACUCUAAAUUGGACAUAAUUCAUUUUCUUGGAUGCUUUUUUUGAGCGACUGUUUUACAAUCUGCUUUCUGUUCAUGUGAAUGGACCGGGUCGUUGAAAAGUGGAAAGGCAGUCAGCUCUGUUAAGGAUGUGUCACUUUUACCACCGGCUUGCUAUUUUCUCGGUGGAAGUCAUGUGUGAACAUGGAUGAAGACUGAUAUGUUAGUUGUUUUUUUGUGGUACUCUAAAUUGAGCCACAGAGGCUUUUAACUUCCUGAGGGAGACCAGUAAUGGAAAGAUUAAAUGACCUGCCACCUGUUGUGAAAAGGAAGAGUCAGAGAAAUGUUAAAGAUGUUUGCAGGUCUCCUGCGAGUGUGCCCACAUUUGAGUGGAUCAACAGGUACCAUAAGACCCCCAGAGGACAUGGAGUCGUCAAACAAGCCCUUACACCCAUCGGCACAACACUUACUAAGAUCAGCCAGCAUCGGAAAACAGAGAAAUCAUCGGAAAAAGGGGGAAGUUUAGAAAAGGAGAAAGGCUCAAACAGUGGUACCCAAAAAUCCAAAGUGCAUUCCAACCCAGAGAGUCAGGCCAUCUCCAGUAGAGAGGAGAGGGAUGACCUGGUGCGCUCUUCUAGCCACACCCCGUCUAACAAAGCCCAGAUACUGGCCAUGCCGCAGUUUGGCCUGCGCGACAACCUGAUCAAGUGUGAGCUCCUGAAAAAUGAGGAUCUUUAUACUUACCUGGAGCACUUCAGCUUUUUUCUUGGCACAUACAAUGUGAAUGGACAGACGCCAAAAGAAGGCCUCCAUCCUUGGCUGAACUGUACUCUGAACCCUCCUGACAUGUACUGUGUGGGCUUUCAGGAGCUAGACCUCAGCAAAGAGGCUUUCUUUUUCAAUGACACCCCUAAAGAGCUGGAGUGGACGAAAGCCGUGUCCGAGGCCUUGCAUCCAGAUGCCAAAUAUGCCUUAGUGAAGUUGGUGCGUCUGGUGGGCAUCAUGCUGAUCUUCUAUGUGAAGAAGGAGCAUGCGGAGUUCAUUUCUGAUGUUGAGGCUGAGACUGUGGGCACAGGCAUCAUGGGAAGGAUGGGAAACAAGGGCGCCGUGGCAAUCCGUUUCCGCUUCCACAACUCCACCAUCUGCGUGGUUAACUCUCACCUAGCAGCCCACAUUGAAGAAUACGAGAGACGUAAUCAAGACUACAAGGAUAUUUGCAGCCGUCUCCAGUUUCGCCAGCUUGAUCCCAACCAGCCUCCACUCACUAUCAUGAAGCACAAUGUGGUUUUGUGGAUCGGUGACCUCAACUACAGAAUCACUGACCUUGACGUCGACAGUGUGAAGGAUUUAAUUAGCAAGAAGGAGUUUGAAACCCUGCACGGUUAUGAUCAGCUCAAGAAGCAGAUCGAUGAGGAGGCCGUGUUUGUGGGCUUUGAGGAGGGGGAGAUUGAUUUCCAGCCCACCUACAAGUAUGACACCGGCUCUGACAAAUGGGAUACAAGUGAAAAAUGUCGCGUCCCUGCAUGGUGUGACCGCAUCCUAUGGAGGGGAAAGAACAUCAAGCAGCAACAUUACCAGAGUCAUAUGGCUCUGAAGACCAGUGACCACAAACCUGUCAGCUCCCUCCUCGUCAUCGGGAUCAAGAGGAUAAAUAGUGAGGCCUAUAAGAAGACCUUUGAAGAGAUUGUACGCAAUAUAGACAAAAUGGAGAAUGAAUGUAUUCCAUCGGUCACCUUGUCCAAGCGAGAGUUCCACUUCAACGACGUGAAGUUCAUGCAGCACCAGGCGGAGACGCUGAGCCUGUUCAAUGACGGGCAGGUCCCAUGUCAGUUUGAGUUCAUCCAGAAGCCCAAUGAGCCCACAUACUGCAAGCCCUGGCUCACAGCCAACCCCCCUAAAGGCUUCAUUGCUCAGGGUGCUUCUGUGGACAUUGAGCUUGAGGUCUUUGUAAACCGAUCGACAGCACCUGAGCUUAACUCUGGUAAGCAGCAGAUUGAAGACAUCCUGGUGCUCCACUUAGAGCGGGGCAAGGACUACUUCAUCUCUGUGACGGGAAACUACUUGCCAAGCUGCUACGGCACCUCAAUCUAUUCAUUGUGUCAAAUGAGGGAGCCUAUCCAAGACAUGCCGCAAAACACCAUUCGUGAACUGGCGGAAACGUCUGAAAAUGAGAUUCCAGAAAACAGUGAAAAGCCUCUUGACAUUCCUAAGGAGCUUUGGAUGAUGGUGGAUCACUUGUUCCGCAAUUCAAUCAAACAGGAAGACAUAUUUCAGCAGCCUGGGCUCCGGAGUGAAUUUGCAGAAAUAAGGGACUGCCUUGACACAGGGAUGCCAGAUUCUCUCCCUGGUAGCAACCACUCGGUGGCAGAGGCUUUGCUCCUUUUCCUAGAUGCCCUUCCAGAGCCUGUGGUUCCCUACUCUUUUUACCAGCAGUGCCUAGAAUGCUGCUCCAAUGCCAGUCAGUGUGAGAAAAUUAUUUCCAUGCUACCUCAGUGCCAUAAAAAUGUGUUCAACUAUUUAGCUGCCUUUCUACGUGAGCUAUUGAAGAAUUCAGCUAGCAAUCAUUUGGAUGUCACCAUCUUGGCUACCAUCUUUGCCUCCUUGCUACUGAAGUCACCUAUGAAGCAAGAUCUUGCAGAAAAGAGGAAGACUCAGGAGUUCUUUCAGCACUUCCUGACCCAUGGAUCCUCCUGCUGAAAUCUAAACACUAAUAGCUGUAAAGUCCAGUAUUUGAAAUAAAGUGUAAUGAUUUAUGAUUAUUCCAGAUGACUUUGUAUAGCUAUGUAGUAUAAUUACUGUAAGUGAUAUUAGUUUGUUUCAUCACAAUGUUUGUGAUCUAUCAAUGCACAGAGUUUAUUGUAUAUCAUUGAACAUCUGUAGAAGACCUAACAAUUUUUAAUGUAUGUAUAUUUUAUUUAAAAGAAUAAUUUGUAUUUUAAUGUUUCUGAUCACAAAACCAUAUUGUUUAUAUAUAUAUAAAACUGUUGGAAACCA